UAAUUGUUCAUAGAAAAGCAAAAUAAAAACAAAAAAAACUGUAAAACGUACUAUAUUUUUUUUAGAGAAAUACACAACACACUUCACGCCCAGGCCAGCCCAGAGCUGUCGGUCGGUCGCGUUGUUUGUAGUUGUAUGGGAACGGUGGGCUAGAUAUUUGUGCUGUUCGGAGCGUGAAAUGGAUGCACGGAUGCGGAGCAGAUAGGAGCAGCGUAUUGAACACAUCUAACAGAAUGGCAACGCAAUCAGCUAAGUUGAGAUCGGCGUCCAGGCGUCCAAGUCCGGGAUGGAUUCUUCGGGUGAUCAUUAUCGGAUUUUUGCUGCUCACGUUGGCAGGUUGGAUCAUGGCCCGUGGCACGGAUAAUAAAAAUUACGCUGGUUUUACGGUUCCUGAUCGGGCCCAUGAUUAUGCUCUAUAUGACGAGGCUGUUAGAGCUCAAGAUGCGGCUGAUGCCGCAGCGGGAGGGGUAUUUGUCGCAGAUGGUGACGAAGAUGACGUAGCGGGUGGUGGAGAUGCCGCAGCAGGUGGCGGAGAUGCCGCAGCGGGUGGUGGAGAUGCCGCAGCAGGUGGCGGAGAUGCCGCAGCGGGUGGUGGAGAUGCUGCAGCGGGUGGUGGAGAUGCCGCAGCAGGUGGCGGAGAUGCCGCAGCAGGUGGCGGAGAUGCCGCAGCAGGUGGCGGAGAUGCCGCAGCAGGUGGUGGAGAUGCAGCAGCGGGUGGUGGAGAUGCCGCAGCGGGUGGUGGAGAUGCCGCAGCGGGGGGUGGCACGAAUUUUGCUGACGUUGAUAGGGAUGAUGUCGGCACCGAUUGGCGUUAUGGUUUCGAGGGCCUGGGCACUACCCACGAACAGAUGGGACAAACCCAUUGGCCGCCGGUGGACUAUACCGAGUUUGAAUCGAAGGUUGAAUACACAAAGCCCGAAAGCUAUUCCACUAUGGGCCUCGGUCCCGUCUACAACUUCACCCACUUUUUUUUCGAGAAGACGAUGACCGAUCAACCACCCUUGCCGGAUGGCUAUGUUGUUGUCAAGUCGGCGGAUACUUUGUCGAUGGGACCCAAAACGGAGAUGAACGACUGGCGCGAUCUGCUCUGGAAGUACUGGCUGCAUCUCUUAAUUGUUUUAUUUCUGAUCUUUCUGAUCAUUAUUGUGCCCUUCUUAGCGGUAUGUUAUUUUUGCUUCUGUUGCUGUCGACGUUGUCCAAGAGGUUGUCCGCCCUGUACUGGACGUCGAGAUGCCCGCUGUCGUCUUCUAUGUGGACUGCUGCUCUUGCUCCUUAUCCUUUUGCUUGUGUUUGGCAUUAUUAUUGCCAUGUUUUCCAACAUAUUGAUCGACAAGGGCUUCGGUGAAUCGAGGGAAUUGAUGAAGCGCACCUCUGAUGAUACUUGCCGCUUCCUAAAUGAUAUCUCCGCUCACAUAAACCAUCUGUUUGGCAAUAAUUUCGAGGAGACCGUCAAUCAUUUGACCGACAUGCUCAACAAUGCACCCAAUCACAUUUUCCUGGAUCUGGGCGAUAGUUCCGAGGCGAACGCAGUGGAAGAAUUGGAGCGUAUUUUUGAUAAUAUGCCCGCCGCCAUAAAACUUAUGGCGGAGGUGAACGCCAUGGAGAAGGAGUUACGCUUUCUAAACUCCAUGGUUCGAGAUGGAGUUCGCGGCGUUAAGCGAGAAGCCACUCGUACGUGCCACAUGUCCGACUAUCUGAGAUGCCAAAAAUUUUUAAGAUUCUCAUCAAUUGAGUAUAUAGAUACCACGCGCUGCUUGCACAUAGAUCAGUUGCCCGAUUCGACCCUGUAUGUGAAGGGAAUGCAGGAGGCGAUCGAUGAGAAGCUCCCAAUUGCGGCCAAGAACGCUUUGCUGCGACUGCAGGGUGUUAAAAACGCGAUAUCGCAGCAGAUGGAAAAGGUUGGGCCUCCGGUUAUAUCCAGUCUAAACAAGGGUCGGGAUAUAUUCUUGUUGGAGGCGAACAAGAUACGCGAUCUGAUCAAUGGCAUUGUCAGCGAUGUUCAUUUCCAUACACUCCGAUCAUCCAAAUCCUUUGAGAGUCUCUACGAGAAAUUUGCGGUCGAUCGUUCCCGCAUUAACCUUGCCGUCUGCAUCCUUCUCAUUUUGAUUGUGAUCUUUCUGAUUGUUGCCCUGAUAUUAGGCUGCUUUAUAAGCAAGAAAGCGGCUGCCUUGAUAUUGUUAUGCGUCAUGAUCUUGAUAUUCUGCGUAUUCUCGUUUUUUGUGUUGAUCGGGCUUUUCUAUUAUAUUACCGGAAUGUUGGCCUUCCAAGGCGCUUGUGCGCCGCUGAGAGGCUCGUCAUAUAUGUUCCGUCAUCUAAAUUCUGAGGUCGAUCUGAGCCGAUUAGUGCCCAGUGAUAUCGACUACCUGGGCGGGCCACAGCCGGUGAUGGUCUCGAAUGCACUCAAAGGCUGUCAAAUCCAUCAGACCAUAUUCAAUGUGCUCUCCGAUAGCAAUCAAUAUGAUGUUACCGAAUUGACGCGCCUCCGCAUUUUGGAUGAUCCCGACGAAACGGUCGUUGAAGUGGACGAGGACUUCUCGAAGGUUAUGAUCUUCACGGAAGAGGAAAAGAAACUUAUUGUUAAUCAUAUAACGGGGAAAUUAGCGUCGUAUCACAGCAUUCUCUACAUUCAGAACAUGUGCAAGACCCUAACGCCGCACACCUUGGUUAAUGUGGCCAACGAAUUUCGGGAGAUGGCCCACGAAAUGUAUACGGGCUAUUAUGGGACGGGCAAUUAUUAUGUACGGAUCGCGCUGGUCAACUGUGCCUUGAAUCUGGACGCCUAUCAAAAUGCAUGGGUUGGCAAAAUCCAUAAUCUGCAAGAUUCGAUCAGGGAGAGAUUACACAAAAUUGAUGAACUCAUCUUGUACAAUAAUAAUAAUUUUGAGGAUUCGAUUCGUAUUCUGCUUUCGGCGGUAAUGCGAUCGGAGGCAUUUAUACAGUCGCGCGGCAAGAAAUACAUAAGUGAGCUAACGAAAAAUCUGACUAAUUAUUGUGUUGAGCAGAUCGAUGAGUACAUUGACAUGGUUAUAUCCAAGUGUUCCACUGAAGUCGGCGAAUGCAAACCGCUCGCCUACACAUUUUAUCGCGGCCAUGAGAUGAUUUGUUAUCAUCUAGUUGACCCGAUUAAUGCAUUUUGGGUUGGCCUCUUGUUCUGCUGCCUGCUCUUUAUACCCCUCUUGUUUGUGCUCCAUCGUUUAAUGUGCCUGUACAAGACGUAUGUGCCGUACCGCCGUCACCACACAAGGGCGGCAGGAGCCAGUAGGCAUCAUUCGACGUCGCCGCCGUGUCCAAUUUGCACGGGUGCACCAUAUGUUCCGCCGCCAAUUGUAGCCUGUGGCGGUGGUCAAGUGGGCUCAUGCCCGUGCCCAACAGGUGGUGAGAACCGUUAUCCUGGUGGAAUGAGCGAAAGCGUUUGUUUAUAUCUACCUGAGCAUAUGCCGAAUGAAAGUUAUUUGGGUAGCGAUACGUCUAUUUACCAAAGCAGUAAUCGAAAGAAUGAUUAAGUUGAAUCUGCGAUGAUUUGAAUGAACUAAAUGACAUUUAUUUAAAUUUAACGGUUGACAAGCAUUCAAACGUAACGAUAAUUAUUAUCUCAAUAUACGUAACAGAAAUGCAACGCA